AUGGAGGAUCCACAGUUUGUGAAGAGUGAGGUCAAGAUACCGUCUAAAACUCCUGGGUGGGAUCUGGACGCCUGGAAGUUCCUGCCCAUGACCGCCAGCGGAUCCUCCAGUCGUCCGUUGCCAGUCAUCAGCGCUGAUAUAUCUGACAGGGCGCAUGGGAUCUCGGCGAACAAGCGCAUGGGAUUGUCCCUGUUUGCUGAGAGAUUUGCGUCUCUGGGUUAUGCAGUCGUGGUCUUUGAUUACAGGCGUUGGGGAACGUCGGCGGGAACCCCUCGACACAUCGUCUUCGUGUCCGAGCAACUCGACGACUAUCGAACUGUGGUCAAGUACGUCCGCCAGCAGGCCGAGUUCGAUCCCCAGAAGGUCGUUCUCUGGGGGACGAGCUUCUCGGGCGGCCACGUAACUGCCUUGUCGAGCGAGAAGAACCUGAAUCUGACUGCGGUCAUCGCGCAGUGUCCGUUCCUAGGUCUGGGCUCAGGCAGCUCUCGCCUCACCAAAGCCCUGUUGAAGACGGUUCUCGCCGGCAUCCAUGACAUCCUCCGACAAACGUUCGGAAUGACUCCGCGAUACAUGCCCGCCGUCGCCCAACCGGGUCAGGUCGGGUUGCUUACUGCUCCUGGUUCGGUCGAAGGCAUGAAUCUGAUCCUGCCAGCGGAAGAAGGCGUAUAUCCCAAUGAGGUCUCCGCGUCCAGCCUCUUCGAGCUCCCCUUUUACAACCCUCGUGCCUCAGGCGCGCGCAUCACCUGCCCGGUGCUCCUCGUUGCAGCAGAGCAAGACAACCUGUGCCCACUUGGAUUCUUCCACGAGCUCAAGGGUUUGUCACCCAAAGUGCAACUCGUCUCCUUCCCGUUAGGCCAUUUCGAGCUGUACAACGAGAAAGGGUCGAUGGAGGCGAUGGUCUCGUUCCUGGAGGAACACGUGCCUCUGGAUGGGAGCGCGCCCAAGUCGGAUUGA